AUGUAUCCCUCCGCCAACUGCUCCAGCCUGCCCCGCAGAGACCUCCCCGGGCUGCUGGACUACCAGGAUCUGUGCAACCGAAGCCAGCAGGACGUCGCCUUCAGCCAUGUUGACCCCAGGGACUUGAACCUGACGGUGGAGCAGCUGCAGGACAAGUACCUGGGCCCCCGGAGAUCCAGCUUCUUCCUCCCAGUCUGCGCCACCUACCUGCUGAUCUUUGUGGUGGGGGCGAUCGGCAACGCGCUGACCUGCCUGGUCAUCGUGCGCCACCGGUUCAUGAGGACGCCCACGAACUAUUACCUGUUCAGCCUGGCCGUCUCCGACCUGCUGGUGCUGCUGCUGGGGAUGCCGCUGGAGCUCUACGAGAUGUGGAGCAACUACCCCUUCCUCCUGGGCGCCGGCGGCUGCUGCUUCAAGACGUUGCUCUUCGAGGCGGUCUGCUUCGCCUCCAUCCUCAACGUGACGGCGCUGAGCGUGGAGCGCUACAUCGCCGUGGUCCACCCGCUCAAGGCCAAGUAUGUGGUGACCAGGAAGCACGCCAAGCGGGUCAUCGUCACGGUCUGGGGGUUGUCCGUGCUCUGCUCCGUCCCCAACACCAGCCUGCAUGGUAUCCAGCCCCUCUAUGUGCCGGGCCGGGGGGUGGUGCCGGACUCGGCCAUCUGCACCCUGGUGAAACCCCGCCUGAUUUACAACCUCAUCAUCCAGAUCACCACCAUCCUCUUCUUCUUCCUGCCCAUGGGCACCAUCAGCAUCCUGUACCUGCUCAUCGGGCUGCAGCUGAAGAAGGAGAAGAUGCUGCAAACCCUGGAGGCCAAAUCGGGCGGGGACUGCGACUACCACAACAUCCGCCUCCAGCAGCAGAAGAUCAGGAGGAGGCAGGUGACUAAGAUGCUGUUCGUUCUGGUUGUCGUAUUCGGGAUCUGCUGGGCCCCCUUCCACACAGACCGGCUCGUCUGGAGCUUCGUCUCCCACUGGACGGGCCGGAUGCUGCACAUGUUCCAGUACGUCCACAUCAUCUCCGGGGUCUUCUUCUACCUGAGCUCAGCCGCCAACCCCAUCCUCUACAACCUGAUGUCCACGCGCUUCCGGGAGAUGUUCAAGGAGGUGAUGUGCCACAGGCGGCUGCGGAGGCUGGGCUCCAGGAAGUACUCGCCCAGCGUCACCCGGGUCACCACCCGCAGCACGGUGUGCGAGCACCUGCCCGCCGGCAACGGGCUGCCCCCGUCCAAUGUGGAGGAGGAGGAGAUGGGCAUGGAGGGGGAGGACGCCCUUAAGCAUGAGACGUCCUUCCCCUGAGGGCACCGCCAGGGCCUUCCCCGCUAGUCGGGCUCCUGGAGGGACACAAUGACCGGGAGGGGGUUGGGAGGGCCAUGUCCAGUGUCCAGUCACCCGCUUACGUCUCCUGUUGCUGUGCCACCCGCUAGCACUGCCCUGGCAUUAUCUCCACUCCCAGGCUGAACUCACCAGGGGCUGCGCCAUGGCACGAGGGUACGAGCGAAGGCAGAGCUUGGGUUCAGAGAGGUGGGGGCAUUAACGCUUCGCUGGCUGGGUUAUGCCUUUGCAGCCUCUUGGCUUCGGCACAGGUGGUGGUGCCAUCCGGCUGCAGGUUGUUGUCUGGUGCGUCUGGCAGCACCGGCCCGGCUUAGUGCUAGGAGGGGCGCAGACAAGAAGAGAGGCAGGUUGUCUCCACUGAUCCCAGCUUCUUCCCUGUGUAGGGCAUCGGGGCCUGAAACAGCUCGGCCCAGAGGUUCAGACAUGGCCACUGAAUUAAGAGCAACUGCCUCUGUCAUUCAGAGGGCUGGGCCCUGGUCACAGAGUAACGCUGCCCGCCGGCCGCCUGAGUCACAGGGCAACAGGUUCCCCUGUCUCCCCCCGCCCUGCCUCCCUCCUGGGAGAAGUCUCCCUGCUAAUCCUAGCCUGAGGCUCCAGCCAUUACUACCUGCCAGCCUCAUUCACCCUCCGCCCCUGGUCCCGCUACCCACCUCCCCAGGCUCUCUCCUCCCUUCCCGCACCUUCUACCACCACACAACAAUCCCUCCUCCAGGCUGUCCCAGGCCAACACCCCCCUCCCAGUAGCCCCCAACUUUCUCCAGUACCCUAGUCCCCACUGGGUGCUCCUGAUUACCCGCAAGCCCCCCUUGCUCCUCAGAUGUGCAGGGAAUCAGUUCCCAGCAUCGCCAGCUCCUGGCCCCCCAAAUUCAUCUGAUUUUUAAAAAUACUAAAUGUCGGGGUCUGUUUCCCUGCCUCGUGGUGCUGGGACCUUUAGGAGUCCCCAGCUUUUCUCCACACCCACGUGGGCUACCGCCUCGAAAACAAGGGCUGAGAUGCUCCCAGAAUCCCAGGACUCCAGGAGCUGGGGGUUUCAGAAAGAUGCCAGAUAUCAAGAGAGUUGGCAGCGCUGGGUUCCUGACACCCCUACUCCUGCUGUCCCUGGGGAGGAGGGCGAGAACCAGGCGGUGGAGGAAAUCAGCAGAGAAAUGCCACUCAGGGAGCGUGGC